GGGGCAGAACGACAGAUGUUUACCUUGUCAGCUUGGGGAUUCGAAUUUUCGGUUACUGGCCCAACGCUCUAGGUUACCUGCCGCUCCAAUAAUGUAGUGAUAGGAACGACAAAUCAAUAUGAAGGAUAGAUAAAUAAUAGCACAUAUUGUAAGGAUCGAAAAGGUUGUUGUGGCACAAUUUUGCAAAGACUCUUACACAUUGGGAUAUAGUUUGAAGAACGCUCUUAGCACGUAAUGCAACGCAGCAAUUUUGAAUGCAGCCCUCAUCUUAGUUCCAAACUACGCAGUUCCGGUCUGUAUUUCCGGCAUAACAAAAAUGGCGUCCUCCACUAACGAAGGAAGCGUGAAUGAAACGCGGUCGGGGAAGAAGUCGAAAAAGAAUACAAACCAAGGUUCUAAUCUUGUAUUUUCAGUGGAUGAAUCUCAACUCUUCACUGUUCCCGAUGGAUGGAAGGAGCCAGCAUUCACAAAAGAUGACAACCCCAAAGGUCUACUGGAGGAGAGCAGUUUCGCCACUCUCUUUCCGAAGUAUAGAGAGGCAUACCUGAAAGAAUGCUGGCCACUGGUGCAAAAAGCAUUAGGCGAUUCACACAUCAAGGCCACCCUGGAUUUGAUCGAGGGCAGCAUCACGGUUUGCACCACCAAAAAGACCUUUGACCCAUAUGCCGUUGUGAGGGCACGGGACCUCAUCAAGCUGUUGGCCAGAAGUGUGCCUUUUGAGCAGGCCGUGCGUAUUUUGGAGGAUGACAUGGCGUGUGACAUCAUCAAAAUUGGCACGCUGGUCAGAACCAGAGAACGGUUUGUGAAGAGGAGGCAGAGACUCAUCGGACCUAAAGGAUCUACACUCAAGGCAUUGGAGCUGCUCACCAAUUGCUACGUCAUGGUGCAGGGGAACACUGUGUCAGCCCUGGGACCCUUCAACGGCCUCAAAGAGGUACGGAAAGUGGUGUUGGAUACCAUGAAGAACAUCCACCCUAUCUACAACAUCAAGACGCUCAUGAUCAAGCGCGAGCUGUCCAAGGACCCCGAGCUGCGGCUGCAGAGCUGGGAGCGAUUCCUACCCAACUUCCGACACAAGAACCUGACCAAGCGCAAGGAGCCUAAGAAAAAGACGACAAAGAAGGAGUACACGCCUUUCCCCCCGCAGCAGCCUGAGAGCCAGAUUGACAAGGAACUGGCAACGGGAGAGUUCUUCCUUCGAGAGAGUGUUAAGAAGAGGAAGAAGAUGGAGGAGAUAAAGGUGAAACAAGCCGAGGUGUUGUCUAAGAGGCAAGAGGAGCGAAACAGGGCCUUUAUUCCUCCUAAGGAGAAACCUGUUAUGAAGAAGACCAACAAAGCUCCCUCAGAAGCCAAAAUCAACAUUGAGGCCAUCAAGGCUAAGGUAAGGAAAGCCAAGACCAAGAAGCUAGGAGCCCCCUCUGUUAACCCUGUCCCACAGACCAAACCCGCCUAUGACAAGAAGAAAAAGAACAAGGGCUAACCUUGGAAAAGCUUGGACAAUGGACAAUAUUCACUAUUGCUGCAUUCAAACGAGGUAUGCAGAUCACUAGCGUGAAGGACGUCAGGUUUGUCAGGUCAUGGGUUUGUCUAAAGAUGUAUUUGGGAUAUUAAUAUAAUAUCCCCAAUUCCUCAGAGAUGAAUCUUCCUCAUAGUUUUGAUGAAAUUAAUAUGGAAUGCCUCUGUCCUCAGUAGAGGAGACAGUAUACAGUAAAGGUGUCUCCCUAUAUGUGACACCCAAUGCCUCAGUGUUACCCAGUUAGCCUGUGACCGAGGCCCGUUCUUCAAUAUUGUUUAGCAACUGUUUGUAAGAUGUGCACAGAAUGUGGUUCACCUGGUUUAUCCCGACGCCACAGAUUCCUCCUCUUGUCCUAAUCCUCAGAACAACUUGUACUGCUUUCCACCAACACCUGCCCAUGUUAAUAUUUACAGUAAGCACUCUACUUUAUGAAGACUGCGAGUAUAAUGGCUUAUGAUGCAGUUAAUGCAUUGGAAGGCUAGUAAUGUUUCAUAAUGAUGCUGACUUAGGCUGUUAAUGUAUACUCAUUUAAAAAAACAUGCAUACUAUUAAAAGCCUUUUUAUAGUCCUUAUUAUAAAUGAUUAACAAGGUAUUAAGUUAUAUACCUGCAGGCUUUGAGAAAAGGCACUAAAAGUUUUAGUUCAUGAUUAAAUGAACAUGGUUGUCGUGUGCUGCUACAGGCGUUGUGUUGCAGAAAUGGGCCUAGAGGACUGCUGAACAGUGACAUAGCAUUGUGAUGUUUAGGAGAACUGUGUUGGGCUGCAUUUUUUGUAAUUUGGUGUCGCUACUUCUAAAAACUCAUUAAAACAAGUAUAUGAUAAUCUCU